UAUAAAUAUAAAAGUUUUCGUCUUUCAAUUAACUCAUUCUGCAAAUAGCAAGUGACUCACGCAGAGUGUCCAAAAAGCUACUACAUUUUGCACUUACUUAAUUUCAAAUAUAUAUCGUUUACAAUGGGGAAUACAGAAAUGUCUCGGAACUUAAUCAGCAAUUUCUACCUGCCACAAUCUUCCUCCAGUAGUGAGGAACCGGAAAUGGGUGAAGUAAUGAACACGCUGCGAAUCUUGUCUCACCAUUCCGUCAGUAGGAUGAAACCUGGUGUUCGCGUUGUUGGGCAGGAAUCUCAUGCAAAAUGUCCAAAUUGUAAUGGGGCUGUACUUGUGAAACAAAGACCUAGAAGUCGGGACGAUAUUCUUAGACAUUUAGGACAAUUGGAAACCACAUUGCAAGCACGUGGGGAACAGUUACCCCCCUGGGUGCAAGCCUACAAGGGCGGAGAUUCUGUAAAAGCCGCAAAAUUGCUGCACCUUAGCUAUGUCGCUAAUAGGAAAAAUAUUUCUGGCAUGAAACGUGGAAUUGGACAGGAAGUGACCUCCACCACGGGACAAGACAAUGAUGUACGAAAUCUGUUAGGAAAUGAUGAUCAAGAUAAUGCAAGCUUAACUAAGAGGAUACGACUAGUAUCUUAGGAAAGUAUUUAAAUACGAGAUUAACCCUUUAACGUGUAUGAUUAACGACAAGAAAAUGCAUUAAAUCGGGGACACUAUAA